AUGAACGUCUAUUUUGAGGAGGAAGAGGACAGACCAGAGUCUGAUGAACCUGGACUCUCAGACACAAAAGGUCAUCACCACAGACAGAGAGCAGAGUCUCCAGCAUCCAGCUGUCCGUCUAUGAAGAGUGAGCGGUCCCUAGGAAAUUAUCCAAAAUUCAGUAAUGAACGUGGACCUUCAGACAAAAAACCCAGAACUAGACCUGGACUGCAGACAGACAGUGAGACCAGCACUGUACAAAUUAGUGUUGCUGUCCUGAAGGUUUUAGAUGAACAUAAGACCCAUCUGAGUAGGACAAGUGAAAGUGUGACUCAAGGAACUGAUGAAGCAGGAAGUGAAACCCUCCUGAAUGAUAUCUACACUGAGGUCUACAUCACAGAGGGACAGAGUGAAGAGGUUAAUACCCAACAUGAGGUGAGGCAGCUUGCAACAACUUCCAAGAUGAAGACCCUCCAUGACGCUCCAAUCAAGUAUCAGGACAUGUUUAAAGUCUUACCUGACCAACAGAAAUACAUCAGAGUUGUUCUGACGAAUGGUGACGCUGGCGUUGGAAAAACCUUCACAGUGAAGAAAUUCACUCUGGACUGGGCACAGCGCUCCAACAACCAAGAUAUCAGUCUGAAGCUCACAGCAGAGAAGCUCGCUGUCUGUAAAGUUUUGUUCAUCUUUGACGGCCUGGAUGAAAGCAGACUUUCACUGGAUUUCAACAACAGUGAGGUCGUGUCUGAUGUCACACAGAAGUCAUCAGUCAGCGUGCUGUUGAUAAACCUCAUCAAGGGGAAGCUGCUUCCCUCAGCUCUCAUCUGGAUAACUUCCCGACCUGCAGCAGCCAAUCAGAUCCCUCCUUCAUAUGUGGACAGAGUAACAGAAGUACGAGGCUUCACUGACGCCCAGAAGGAGGAGUACUUCAGGAGGAGAUUCAGUGAUGAAGAGCAGUCCAGCACAAUCAUCUCACACAUCAAGACAUCCAGGAGCCUCCACAUCAUGUGUCACAUCCCAGUCUUCUGCUGGAUCACUGCUACAGUUCUGGAGGACAUGUUGAAUCCAGACCAGAGAGGAGAGCUGCCCAAGAUCCUGACUGGCCUGUACUCACACUUCCUGCUGGUUCAGACAAAGAGGAAGAAGAACAAGUAUGAUGAGGGACAUGAGAUGAGUCCAGAGGAGCUGACGGAGGCCGAUGGGAAACUUCUUCUGAAGCUGGGGAGGCUGGCGUUUGAACAACUGAAGAAAGGAAACAUCAUGUUCUACCAAGAAGACCUGGAGCAGUGUGGUCUUGAUGUCACAGGGGCCUCAGUGUUAUCGGGAUUUUGUACACAGAUCUUCAAAAGAGAGAGUGUGAUAUUCCAGAAAACAGUCUACAGCUUUGUUCAUCUGAGUGUUCAGGAGUUUCUGGCUGCAGUCUACAUGUACCACUGUUACACCAACAGGAAGACAAAGGUACUGAAGGACUUCCUGGGAAAAUAUUACAGUUACUCAUCCUUGGAUGACUUCUUGAAGAGAGCCAUGAAGGAAUCUUUCAAAAGUGAAAAUGGCCACCUGGACCUGUUUGUUCGCUUCCUUCAUGGCCUGUCUCUGAAGUCCAACCAGAGUAUCUUAGGAUGCCUGCUGGGUCACACAGACAACAGUCCAGAAAUCAUCCAGAGAGUCAUCAACAACCUGAAGGAGAUGAACACCCACGUGUCUCCUAACAGAAGCAUCAACAUCUUCCACUGUCUGAUGGAGAUGAACGACCUCUCAGUACAUCAGGAGAUCCAAGAGUUCCUGAAGUCAGAGAAGAGUUCAAAGAAGAAACUCUCUGUGUUCCACUGUUCAGCUCUGGCCUACAUGCUGCAGAUGUCAGAGGGGGUUCUGGAUGAGUUUAACCUGAAGAAAUACAACACAUCAGACCAGGGACGACAAAGACUGAUUUCAGCUGUGAGCAACUGCAGUAAGGCCCAGCUUGUUGACUGUGGACUCUCUGAGACUCACUGUGAAGUAGUGGCCCCAGCUCUGAAGUCCAACCCCUCCCAUCUCAGAGAGUUGGACCUGAGUGAAAAUGACCUGCAGGAUUCAGGACUGAAGCUUCUGUCUACUGCACUGGGGAGUCCAAACUGUAGACUGGAGACUUUGAGAUUGAGGGGCUGCAGUUUGUCCGAGAUCAGCUGUGAUUCUCUGGUCUCAGGUCUGACAUCCAACCCCUCCCAUCUGAGAGAACUGGAUCUGAGUGAAAAUGAGCUGCAGGAUUCAGGAGUGAAGCUGCUACAGGACUUUCUGAGGAGUCCACAUUGUGAACUGAAGACUCUGAGAUUGAGUCGUUGCAGUUUAUCAGAAAUCAGCUGUAAUUUUCUGGACUCAGCUCUGAAGUACAACCCCUCCCAUCUUAGAGAACUGGAUCUGAGUGAAAAUGAGCUGAAGGAUUCAGGAGUGAAGCUGCUACAGGACUUUCUGAGGAGUCCAGACUGUGAACUGGAGACUCUGAGAUUGAGUGGCUGCAGUUUGUCAGAGAUCAGCUGUGCUUCUCUGGUCUCAGCUCUGAAGACCAACCCCUCCCAUCUGAGAGAGCUGUUGCUGUCCUGCAACAACCUGAAGGAUUCAGGACUGAAACUGCUAUGUGAUUUUCUCGAGAGUCCACAUUGUAAACUGGAGACUCUGAGAUUGAGUUCCUGCAGUUUGUCAGAGAUCAGCUGUGCUUAUCUGGCCUCAGCUCUGAAGUCCAACCCCUCCCAUCUCAGAAAGCUGGAUCUGAGUCUCAACAAUCUGCAGGAUUCAGGAAUGAAGCUGCUAUGUAAUUUUCUGAAGAAUCCAUUGUGCAGACUGAAGACUCUGAGAUUGUUGCGCUGCAAUUUGUCAGAGAUCAGCUGUGAUUAUCUGGCCUCAGCUCUGAAGUCCAACCCCUCCCAUCUGAGAGAGCUGGAGCUGAGAGACAACGAGCUGCAGGAUUCAGGACUGAAGCGUUUGUGUGAUUUUCUGGAGAAUCCACGCUGUGAACUAGAGACUCUGAGGCUGAGGUGCUGCGGUUUGUCAGAGAUCAGCUGUGCUUCUCUGGUCUCAGCUCUGAAGUUCAACCCCUCCCAUCUGAGAGAUCUGCAGUUGAGUUUCAACAAACUGCGGGAUUCAGGAGUGAAGCUGUUGUGUGAUUUUCUGGGGAGUCCACACUGUAAACUGGAGACUCUGAGAUUGAGUGGCUGCCAUUUGUCAGAGAUCAGCUGUGUUUCUCUGGCCUCAGCUCUGAAGUCCAACCCCUCCCAUCUGAGACGGCUGAAAAUUAAAAAAAACGGGCUGCAGGAUUCAGGAGUGAAGCUGCUGUCUGGUCUUAAGGAGAGUCCAGACUGCAGACUGGAGACUCUGAGGUUAGUCUGA